GCAUCCUUUACGAUUCAAGUGGACGGACUCUCAGCUGGUUCUCAGAAUGGCUUGAGCCUGAAGGACUGCAGCCAUUCCAGGUUGCAGACAAGGAAGGCCUGAUCUUUGAACUUGAAGUUUUUGCUGCAGUUCAGGGUGCAAUCGAUCUCUUGAGCGAGCGCAAGCAUCUGGACGUUGUGCUUUUUACUGACAAUCAGGCUGCUCUGUCGUGUCUCAUCAGCGGCAGGGCUGAGGCUGAGGGCAUUGCGUCCAUUUCCUUGCAGCGUCUUCUUGAUUUCGAGGAAUCUCACGACAUCAACUUCUGGUUCGAAUGGGAUGGCCUGCUCUGGGUGGAAGGCGAGGGCACCGAGCACAAGACGCUGGGCAAGGCUGCAGUCCAGGGAGGUCCUGUGCAGUGGCGCAAUGGGGCCAUCAAGUUUGCUGCAAACGAACUCGCUCAUUGCGUGUUGCCCUGGUCAGGCUACGGGAUUCUUCCUGUGGACUGGGGUGGCAACAAACAUCGCAGCUUCGCGCACACUCUGCAACUUGAUCUUCGAAAGGACAGCACCUGGUCCUUCAUUCGUCGGGUCUUUGAAUGUCGCAGAGUUGUGUGGGUGCACAUUGCACCUCCAUGUGGUACAGCUAGCCGCGCCCGCAGUAUCGGGCCCGGUCCCAGAGCCCUUCGUUCUCUACUUCAUCCUCGAGGCCUACCGGGGUUGACUGAAAAAGAUCAGGCACGUGUAGACAGUGCCAACCUUAUCUACGACAACACCGCUGACUUCUGCAAGUGGCUGCUACGAACGAUCCCGGAGACCGGGUUCACUGUCGAGAACCCCUUGCACUCUUGGAUGUGGCAACUGCCUUCCUUUCAGGAUCUUCAGCAGCAGUGCAGCUUCGUCAGCUUCGACGCAUGCCGCCAUGGCGCUGAGGACGACGGUGAGCAUAUCAGCCGCUUCUUUGUGUUCGGCGUAUACCGUUCGCCCGAGUCCUUUCUUCGCGAAGCUUCCAUGCUGAAGCAUCCCUUCGAUGUGGCUCGUGCUCUGCCCGAUGGCAUGGUAAGAGCUUUGUUCAAAGUGCUUGUUGAGGGCCCGGUUGCUGUCAUCAAGACCCGCUUGAACUUGCUAAAGCUCUGGAGAAGCUGGGCCCGCGAACUUGAACCUGCAGAAUCUAAGCUCAGAGCCAGCAUGGCGCCAUCCGUGAGGCAGGUGCUUAGUGGCAAGCGGACGCUCUUGCUCCAGAGGAUAGCUGACUUUUGGGAUGGUGCUUCAGUGCUUCGUGAUUCCUUGUGGGAAAAAGUCGCCAGCCAUAAGGUGCAGGAUUACUCUCAAGCGUUGUGGGACAUCACCAUGGACGAAGCCGAUUCGCAGGGCAAGGGUUGGCUUCAGGGCCCUUUGAGCAAAGCCCAGCUUGAUGCAAUGUUCCCAGAGGGCUGGUCGCCAUGCAGGCGCUUUGCCGUGUGGCAAGGCAAGUGGAGGCCGAUCGAUGACUUUUCCGAGUGUGGGAUUAAUGCAUGCUUCGGGUGCUUCGAGCGCAUAAGUCUUAAAGCACUUGAUGAAAUCACUUGGGCUUGUGUUCAGAUCUUCAAGUGUGCUGUUGUGCGGGGGGAUGUCUCCUUCACGCUUCAAGAUGGCUCGGUCUUGAAGGGCAAGCUUCAUUCGGCUUGGCAUGACGCGGAUCGUGUCAGGCCGUUGAGCAAAACUUAUGAUCUGAAGGCAGCCUACAAGCAGAUGCCUCUCCACCCGGACGAGCGCAGGAAGGCCAUCAUCAUCUUGAAGAAUCCUUCAACGCUUCAGGUCCAAGCGUUCGUGUGUAACACGUUACCUUUUGGAUCGACGGCUUCGGUGCUACACUUCAACCGUGUAUCGCUGCUGCUCCAGCGUGUCAUGUGGGAACUCUGUCUGAUUUCUGCAUGCUACUACGAUGAUUUCCCUUCCACGAUGCCUGCCAUGUUGGGCGAGGGGAGUGACAACAUCGUCCACACAGCGAUGCAGCUGCUGGGCUACGACAUGUCCGUCGAGAAGGAGACGUGGGCGGAAAUGAAAUACUUGGGCGACUGGGUCCGUGAUCGUCCCAAAUGCCCGAUCGGCUUUGAAUUCUUGAAAGACGUGUGA